AUGGACAAGGAGGCAGAAAGACAAGAACUUCACAACCAGUUUGUGGCGGAGCUGCGAGAACAGGAUCGAUGGCUACCAAUCAACAAUGUGGGACGACUAAUGAAAAACACACUGCCAGUUUCUGCUAAGGUUUCAAAAGACGCCAAAGAAUGCAUGCAAGAGUGUGUGUCAGAGUUCAUUUCCUUCGUUACAAGCGAAGCUAAUGAUAGAUGCACGCAGGACAAGCGUAAGACCAUUAAUGGCGAAGACGUACUGACGUCGUUGAAUGCCCUGGGAUUCGAAAACUACGCAGAGGUUCUCAAGAUCUACCUCGCAAAAUACCGACAGCAACAAGCUUUGAAAAACCAAAUGACAUAUCUGAGACGGGACGGUGUGUCAGACGAGGAAUCGCCUUCUGCUGGAGCAGCAAACGGCGACACAGCAUCGAUGCAGGAGGAAGCUCAAAGGGAAGAAUUCGAUGCACAAGAUAACGCAAAAACGGGUGGGAAGGACAACGAAUACAUUGAAGCUGAUGCUCAACUGUAUAUGUGA